CAUGCUUCCUUUUCCUGCCGCAUUGGCUGACAGGGCCCGACGUGGGGCGACUGGGCUUGACUCGGGACCCUGGAUGCAGACGACACCAGAGAUCUCAUCGACGCAACGAAACGGGGGGAGAGAAAGAAAAAAAGAGGGAGGGAGCAGAAUUGGGAGGAAAAAGAAAACACGGCGAUCUACAUCCACCCGGACGCACGUUUUCAUUCCUUCCAUUCUGACGCUGCCACCGACGGCGGGGAAGGAGGAGGGCGAGGGGGGGAAGAAACCCACAUUUCAGGAUCGGGAUCCCAGCCGUGACAUCGGGCCCACCUCAGGCAGCCUGGGACCAGAACAGCGGCGAGACCAGACUUGUGGACGGGAGGACAGCAUGGCAUCCAUCGCAGAGUACUAUGCAGGGAAGAGUGUCCUCAUCACUGGUGCCACUGGGUUUAUGGGGAAGGUGCUGGUGGAGAAGCUUCUGCGUUGCUGCCCCGGCAUCAGCACUGUGUACGUGCUGGUGCGACCCAAGGCAGGACAGUCCAUGCAGCAGCGCGUAAACGACAUGAUGAAGUGCAAGCUGUUUGACCGUGUGCGGGAGGACAACCCAGACUUCCACAAGAAGGUGGUACCGGUGAGCAGCGAGCUGACCCAGCCCGGCCUGGCCAUCAGCCCGCAGGACAUCACCAAACUGGCCGCCUGCGUCAACGUAGUCUUCCACUGCGCCGCCACCAUCCGCUUUGAUGAGCCUCUCAAACACGCCCUCCAGCUAAAUGUCAUCGCCACGCAGCAGCUGUUGAGUCUGGCCAAGCAGAUGCAGAACCUAGAGGCCUUCGUCCACAUCUCCACCGCCUAUGCAAACUGCAACCGUAGACAUAUCGACGAGGUCAUCUACCCUCCUCCCGUGGAACCCAAGAAGCUGAUUGACUCUCUGGAGUGGAUGGACGAUGGCAUGGUGCGUGAGAUCACGCCCCGCCUCAUCGGGGAGCGGCCCAACACCUACACGUACACCAAAGCCCUGGCAGAGUGCGUGGUCCAGCAGGAGAGCGACAAGUUGAGUGUGGCCAUCAUACGGCCUUCCAUCGUGGGUGCCAGCUGGCAAGAGCCCUUUCCGGGCUGGAUCGACAACUUCAAUGGGCCGAGUGGGGUCUUCAUCGCGGCUGGCAAAGGCAUCCUACGCACCAUGAGGGCCAGCAAUGACGCAGUGGCCGACCUCAUCCCGGUGGACGUAGUCAUCAACCUCACCCUGGCCGCCGGGUGGUACACGGCCGUCCACAGACCAAAAUCUGCACUGGUGUACAACUGCACAACGGGGGGUAUCAACCCCUUCCACUGGGGAGAGAUUGAGCACCAUGUGAUGUCCACCUUCAAGAGGAACCCUCUGGAGCAGGCUUUCCGGAGACCCAACGCCAACAUCACCUCCAAUUAUCUGAUCAACCAGUACUGGAUCCUGGUCAGCCACAAAUUCCCUGCCCUGCUCUACGACCUCUACCUGCGGCUGUCUGGGCAGAAGCCUCAGAUGAUGCGGAUCUUCAACAGGUUGCACAAGGCCAUUGGGCUGCUGGAGUACUUCAGUAGCCAGGACUGGGAGUGGAACUCUGACAACGUAAGCAUGCUGAUGGCCCAGCUGACCCCAGAGGACAGGAAGAUGUUCAACUUUGAUGUCCGCCAGCUGAACUGGCCUGAGUACAUCGAGAACUACUGCAUUGGCACCAAGAAGUACGUGCUGAACGAGGACAUGUCGGACAUCCCGGCAGCCAGGCAGCACCUGAGAAAGCUGAGGAACAUCCGCUACACCUUCAACACCCUCUUGCUGAUCUUCAUCUGGCGUGUGUUUAUUGCGCGUUCCCAGAUGGCCCGCAACAUCUGGUACUUCGUGGUGAGCCUUUGCUUCAAGUUCCUGUCCUACUUCAGGGCCUCCAGCACCCUGACCAAUUGAAGAGGCAACUGGUUCACCUCGUGCCACCCAGCCCUCUAGCCCCGCCCCCCCCCCCGCCAGCCACAUACCCCCCCCCCCAUCCUGAACGAAACGCACAGCUAUCACAUGGGUUGCAGUUCCCCCACUCGGUUUGUCUUGAAGACCUGUCUGAUUGUGUCAGGGAUCUUGCUGGAGGGAUGGGGGGGUGGUGGGAGCUAGGAAUUGGAGGUGGGGGUUCAAGAAUUUUGUGUUACGUUGGCCAUUACAUGGCUUCAUCUGGCUGUUUCUCUUCCCCAUGAGCAGCCAUUUCUAUUUGUUGCACUUCAAAGUGUUUCACAAUGUUUGAUUCCCGUUCCUCCCUUGCGCAAUGGUUUUAUCGUAAAGGAUAAAUUAUAUAUGCAACUAUAAUCCCAUUGUGUGUAUGCUCCCCACCCCUCCCAGCCCCCAAUCAGUUUUGAGCAUCUGUUCAUUGUCCCCAUCCUGAAUCCUAGAUCCGAUGCCUUGAAACAGUGUCUCUCUACAACAUCCUAUGACGUGAGGAUGCCGUGUCUUCUGAAGGACUGUGACUGAAUUUAAAGGCUGUUAAUGUCAGGUGUCUGCAGUCACUCGUCACUAGGAGCAGAAGUGGUUACAGUUAGGGACCGUGUCUGCAGUCACUCGUCACUAGGAGCAGAAGUGGUUACAGUUAGGGACCGUGUCUGCAGUCACUAGGAGCAGAAGUGGUUACAGUUAGGGACCGUGUCUGCAGUCACUAGGAGCAGAAGUGGUUACAGUUAGGGACCGUGUCCGCCCAGUUCGCUCUGGCUGAGGACCCAGUUACCUCAUGGAGUGCAAACUAGCUUUGGUCGUCGUCGGCAAGCGUUUUGUCAAAUGAGGUGUGCAAGCGCUAAUGGGUCCUGUAAGUGUUAAUCCACACUGCCUGUUUGUACAGCAGUUUAUAAUGAAAUUAAGGUUACUACUUUUUCAACUUUGUAUUAUUGCAGCAAAUGCAAGAUUUGUUGUGGUGACAGUGUAAAAUAUAUGAUUAUAUAUAUAUAUAUAUAUAUAUAUAUAUAUAUAUAUAUAUAUAUAUAUAUAUAUAUAUAUAUAUAUAUAUAUAUAUAUAUAUAUAUAUAUAUAAAAUCACACAAAUCUGCAUAUAAAUGGACGUGUAGAUAUUUAAAGUUAGCGUGUAGACUACCCAGCGGAAAAGAGUAUUCUUAUCCUAGUUAUCCCUUCCUGAAGACUUCUGUCCUCUGUAGGUAAUCGCCAGUCUCUCUGUAAACAUCUGACCACCUCAUUUUCACAAGGGUAAAUUUCAAGAGAGCUGUAUGACUGCAUCACUGCCUUCCUGGGCGAACCAAGCGGUUUUGACCUUACUGAGAGAAAUGAAGGCAAAUGCAUUUGUCCCUAGCAGUGGGUUACUAUGGCAACUGCAACACUGGCAGGGCUGUGAUCAGAUUGGUCCUAACAGUCCCCCAUGUUGGUGCAUUGUUUUUGCAUCCCCUCCCCUGCCCUCCCGUGUCCUCCAGUAUCAUAUGGCACAAUGUAGCAUCUGAUGUGCUCUGAACACCUGGAGAUGUCUUGGACAACAGAUUGUCAUGUGAUUAAGUUUUGUGUGCGUUUUGUCCGAUCCGUCGACGUAGUGGCAUCUUCUGCUAUACCCCUGCUGUUCUUGCCCAUCGCUGCUUGUCAUUGUGCAGCUAUCAGAUGCCAUCACUCAUUCUGCCCCUCUGUUCCUGUGCUUGGAAAAAAUGUUAAUAAACUGAAGCGUCAAAAAAAGAUCUGUGUACAAGUCAUGCUCCUCCCAUCCCCUAAGCGACAGCUGGCCUGAACACGCAUCAUCUGCCCCCAUCUCUUCAGCUGCUAUGGGGAAAAUGUCCUCAUUUGAACCCAACCACCUGACUGAUUUUUCUACAUUGUAUAUGGCCAUUCCUGUGGUCCCUUCACCGUGUCACUGUUUGUGGUUCUCUAAGUGUUUGGACUGCUAGAGAUCCUACAAGGAGUGAUGGCUAAAAGCUUCAUGAACCAUUUCAUGUAUUUUUUGGCCCCACCAGAUGGUGCUCUAGGAGCCCUUUUUUGAAUUGCACCAUCUAGUGGCGUCAAAAAAUACAACAGUUGGUUCAUGAAGCUUCAUUUGGUCAUCACUACCUACAUGCAGUGCAUCCAUGAAAAAGAAAUUGCUUUAGAAGCCAGAAAUUGUAUCCUCUUCUGUCCACCAGGCAUCACCACAGGCUCAUCAGACUCUCAUUAUCCAUAAUCCUACCUAAUAUCUAGUUCACCCCAAUGGCAGGGUUAUUAUACUCUGCCGAUUUACAUGCAUAAACACCAGUUUGUGUUUUUCUCCAUCCCACACAAGAUUAUGCUCUGUCAGACUCUGCUCCUCGUGGCCUUUGGUAUGGGUAUGAGUUUUGGUCCCAUUGUAAUUUCAUAUUUAUGUGAAUUUGAGACUGGACUGAAUUUAAAAUGAAAUCCUGCAACCUGGAGGCCACUAGGGGGAGUCUGCCCCUUUUUUUUGUGAAUGCUCCGAUGAGCACAGCUAUGCUUCUCCCCCGACAUGCACGGGAUGCAUCCGUGGCUGAUGACUGCAGCGGCCCUGGCUUUUCUCAAGUCCAGCAUGCUGGUCUGGCAGGCAGCAAGGCCACAGUCACCCCCCCCCCCCCCACCCCCACGAGCAGCAUGGGUGCUAACAAAACGAGUUACACAGGGCCAAAUUUCACUAAGGGUACAUGUGGUGCCCACUUUCCUUUUCAAGCUGUUAUGGUCACAGUUCAGAAAAGCUUCCAUAGUCCGACUGGAGGAGAAAGUCCUAUACACUGCCUUUAGCCAUUUAGGAACUGCACUGUCAAUCCGGUGUAGUUCAGUGCAAAGGUAUUAUUCCAUACUGACCUGGAUCUAACUUCCAGUGACAGACCGCCCAACAGCAGCCAGCAGUAAACAUCCUUAGGUAGCACAUUAGGGGUUAGUGAUCUGCUAUUUAAUAGGAAAGCACACGGAGCCAGACCCAAACUCCUCUGUAAAUCACAGCAUUCCAGAUAUACAACAUGAAGCACUCCAGAGAAUCACCUUAUUGUCUUAAAGGGGGGGUCUGGGGCUGCCUAGACCCCUUACAAAGUAAGCCAAGACCUGUACUGCCCCGGUGAGCUUAAACGGGAAGUCGGUCCACUCUGUUCACGGUCAGCAGGUGGUGGUACCCUCUGCAUUAAGUCACUGGAUUCCUGUGGCAUCAUGGGUGUGUUCUGCUGCAACUGUAUGAAAUGGUUUUGCAAAGGAGAUGUUUUAGGAAGCAGUGGUGGCCAUCCUUCAUUGUAGAUUAAGAGUAUAACGUCCUUGCAUGCACUUUCCAUUGAAGCGACGGUCACUUUUCGUACAUGUGACACGUACGCCCUGCAAAAGGGAACCCCCCACGAUACCACAUGGCUUCCUCGCAUUUGCACAUGCGUGUGCUCUGAGAUCAGGCACCCCAUGUGUACAGUCAACACAGCCAAGCCGUUUCAAAGCCAUCUUUCAAACUGUAAAAUGAUAUAUUUUUGUGCACCAGGAAUGCCCUUUUCUAGAGGGUGAAUGUCAUAUUGUACAAGUAUUCGUUUGGUAUGUUGUGUGGUUUUAUCAAGUGUAUCAUCUCUCGUAACCUGUCACAGAAAAUAAAAGCGAAUACAUUUAAAA